GAAGCGGGAUGGUUGUUGUUAUGCAGCUCCUCUGUAGCCGGUACGUGUAUUAGCUACUGUUUUGAACAUCUGAUACGUUUUAUAAUGUACAUGUUUUAUCCGUUUUGUCCGCGUUUUUAUAGUAUAUGCGUCUGUCACUAAAGCUGCCAAUAUGUAACGAUGAAAUGAAUCGUGUUUUGUCUUAGGGGAGUCUGCUUGAAGUUAGCUAAACUGAGCCACGGCAGUGUCAUGCUGUUCAUUCACCUCAGAGUAUGCAACCAGAAAAGUCCCUGAAUGUCACAUAUCACAACCGCCUGCACCAUGACCGGGAGAGCCAACAAAAACAAACUCAAGAGCAAAAAGAAGGGCCAUGUUUCAGCUGGGACUUCUGCCAGCGCUGCCACCACCACGACUCCAAUCUCCUUCUUCUUCAACAGUCAGCCUCCGUCUAAGCUGGCCUGCCCUCUGUGUGGCCUGUUGGUACCAAGAUUCAGGAUCAAUGAGCACAUUGAUUUGCAAUGUCAGAACUUUGACAGAGGAGACAGCAGUGCUGCCUCAGCAAGCAGUAGUGUUGUGCCAAGCAUGCAGCUGUCACACAGAAAGAAAUCCACAAAGUCCCCAGAGCUUGAUAGAAGCAAGGAAGAAGAGGACCAAGAGACGAAGACCAGUCCUUAUUUCAAGAAGAAUAACCCUCAGCAGGCUCCACGGGAAAUAAACAGUAAAAGUGUAGUCAGGAAGAUUGACCUGGGAAGUCUCUCCUCCAAGUUAUCUAGACGGGGCAACAAUGCACCUGAGAGCACACAGACUGAUGAUAAUCAUGCACCAAAGCAUCUUGAGGAGGAGACAGACCCUCCAGAGACAAUCAGCAGCUCUCAGAAAGAAAAUGUCCUUGUUCUGAGUUUAGAGGACACAAAUUAUUGUGUAACAGUCACUGACCAGACAACAAUCAGUACUGAGACUUCAGCAGCAGUGGGCGAUUCAACAUGCUCAGAAAAAGGACAUAAACUUAAACAGAAAGCCUCUAUGUCAGAUGUUUUCCGAAAAGUGGGCACUCAAAGGUUGCAGCCUUCCUCCUCCCAACCGGCAAAGAGGAAAACACCCUCCACUGACAAAGCAUCUGAUUUAAAAAAGAAAGCAAAAUCUGACAGUAACAGGAAGCAAGAGGAAGUGUUACCAAAUGAAAAUAAAGCAGAGACAAGUGAUACAGACCAGCACAAAACUGUGGUUUCCUUAAACAUAGACCUCCCUCUAAAUUCAGAGGAAUCUCAUGGAAUUAGUGCUGCUGUCAUCAACAGUGAGUCACUGCCUGGGUUUGCCCAGCAAAUGACUGUUGACCAGGCUGAUGAGGCCUUUAAUCCUCCAAGGCUUCCCUACUAUAUCCGUAACUUCCGAGCCGUGUUGCAGGCUGUGCUGGAGAAUGAGGACGACAGAGCAUUGUUCAAUGAAGAUGAUAUGUUGCUUGUUCAUGCUUUUGAGAAGCUAUCAGUCCCAGGGCAGAAGCUCUAUGUACGGCUCUUUCAGAGGAAGCUGAAGUGGCUUCAAGUAAAUAAACUUGAUUAUGAUGAGAUAUGCAGUGAUUUGGGACCUGUUGCUGAGGAGCUGGUUCAACGUGGUUUUCUACAGUCAGAGAAUGAUCUUGAGGACCUGGGAGAAGCUCUGGACCUCCUGCCUGCUCCUGAACUCAAAGCUCUGGCUAAGAUCUUCCACUUGGGCAGUUCUGGGACUCAGAAACAGCAGCUUGUGGAUGGGCUUCUUCAUCUAAGCAGGCAAAAGUCUAUCUUCUCUCUAGGCCCUACUCGAAACAUCAAGGCUGUCAUACUAAGAAGGGCGAAGCAGUUUGCUGGUUCUUGCGUGCGUCUGUGUCGUGGUCCUCGUGCUGUUUUCUCUCGCAUUCUUCUCCUCUUUUCUCUGACGGACACCAUGGAUGAGGAGGAGAUGGCGGCUGGUGGGCAGAGUCAACUUUUUACCAUCCUGCUGGUCAACUCAGGACGGCUGACCUUCCCUGACUACACAAUAAAGCGUAUAGCCAAGGUGUUCCAGGACAGAGAAGACCUGAUCAGAUAUGAAGCAUCAAUGCGAUCCCUGCAAGAGGUGAACUCAGCUAUGCAGGCAGGUCAGUGGGAGGAAGCCCUAGAGCUGUACACUGCUGCCAAAAGUGCUUGGCAGGAGCUGAAGCAAAUCCAUGACUUCAGUCAUGAGGCAGAGCUGCCUGUGUUCCUGCGCAGCUUCACUACAGGAUGGUCUUACACUCGCCUUUUAUCCAGAGGGGUGGAGAUCUUGCAGAGGCUACGUAAAUAUGAGGAGGCAGUAGAGGAGCUGCAGUCCUUAUUGCUGCAGUCUGUUUACUGUCCUGACAGCCGAGGGCGCUGGUGGGACAGACUGGCACUAAAUCUUCAGCAGCACCUCAAAAAACCUGAGCGUGCAAUCUGUGCUAUUAGAGAUGGGCUUUCAGACCCUUUGGUACGAACAGGACAUAAACUCUCCCUGCAUCAGAGAGCUGUUAGGAUGAGAGAGUCUACCAGCCUCAAGAAGUAUCGUCUACAAUUCAAAGAUAUGCCAACUAUUCAUGUCCAAGAUGUUACACAUGUGACAAUACGAGGACAGCUGUUUCCUCAUGAGGGAGGCACGGGGAAAUCCAUGUUUCUUUUACCAGCAAAUGGGGCAGAGAGCAGUGACGCCACUGUAAUAUGCUCUGUGGAAGAACUGUGUUUAGCACAUUACCGCCAACAGGGUUUUGACCAAGGGAUCCACGGUGAAGGUUCAACCUUCUCUACAUUGUUUGGUAUUUUCCUGUGGGAUAUCAUUUUCAUGGAAGGAAUUCCAGAUGUUUUUCGAAACCCAUACCAGACCUGUCCACUGGAUCUUUACACCGACUGUUUCUAUGAGAAUAGAAAGGAGCCGAUUACUUCUCGUGUUCAGUUACUCAGUGAGGCAUCUGUCGAGACGCUUCAUAGCAUGUUGGAGGAUGUCUGGACCUCACAGGAGGGUAAAGUCUGCUCAUUGGUCAACUGGGAGCGUUUCUCAUCCCUUCAGCACACACAGUCUUUGGUGUCUUGCCUCGGUGGAGCCUUCGUAGGAGGAGUAAUAGCAAGAAUGUCAAAGGACUACAGACACUGUCGUGGAGGUUUGCCUGAUCUGGUGGUGUGGAACACCACAAAUAACACCUACAAGCUGGUGGAGGUGAAGGGGCCCACUGACCGGCUUUCCCAGAAACAGCAGAUCUGGUUGGAUGAGCUGCAAAAACUUGGGGCGGAUGUGGAAGUGUGUCAUGUGGUGGCUUCCGGAGCCAGAGGAGCUCGUCUGGAAUAAUCAAGAAGAAGUGACUGAUGAAAUUUUGCUUCUAAUUAUUUUGUCAUCGAAAUGUGAAUAUCAGCAGAAUGACUGAAAACAAUAUUUGGUGCUCUGUCUGAUUCUGGUUAUCUAAAGCAUUUGUUGAUGUUUUCUUCAAAUCUCAACCAUAUAAAAUAAAUUCUACUCUAUUUGAGCUUAGGUAAUGUGGCAUGAUGUUUGGUUGAUGAAUGUGUUAUGAUAAAGGACAGUACACCAAGACUUAGAGGCACAGCAUGAGAUGAUCAUCCCUUUGAACCGGCUGCCAGGAUCAGAAAUAUUUUACAGAUAAUCAGAGUUGAUGCACGACAAGAAAUGGAUCCCACACCAAACAGAAGGUGUUUCCUUCUCUUAUCCAACACUAUAUUUACAGGGUUGCCAUGAAACAUCAGCAACUCAAUGAUUUUGUUGUGCAAGUAAUUAGGGUGUUACUUAACUGUAAAUAUUAAUUUCUGCCUGCACCAUUCUACCAAAAACACUUGUUGGUUAAUAAGAAUAAUAUAGUUGGGCUGCAAUUAUUGAUUUUCUACCAUUAUUGUUUAAACUUGUGUUUUCUCAAUAAAAACAGCGGUUGUUGAA